GAUAUGGCUGUAGCUAGAUGGAUGUAUGAUGCUUGCAUUCCAAUUAAUGCUGUGAAUUCUAGUUAUUAUCAACCUAUGCUCAAUGUUGUAGCUUCUUAUGGUCCUGGAUAUAGAGGUCCAAAUUAUCAUGCCCUUCGAGUGCCUUUGUUGAGAGAAGCAAAAAGAGAAGUUCAAUUGAUUGUUGAUUCUCAUCGUUCAUAUUGGGCUGAUACUGGUUGUACAAUAAUGGCUGAUGGGUGGACUGAUACUAGGCAUAGAACAUUGAUUAAUUUUCUUGUCUAUUGUCCUAAAGGUAUUAUUUUUAUACGUUCUAUUGAUGCUUCUGACUUGGUUAAGGAUGCUAUUACUUUAAGUAACUUGUUUGAUGAAAUUGUUAAUUGGGCUGGUCCUGCAAAUAUAGUACAUUUGGUCACUGACAAUGCUGCAAAUUAUGUAGCUGCUGGAAGAAUUGUGUGUGGAAAAUAUAGGAACAUUAGUUGGUCACCUUGUGCAGCACAUUGCCUAAACCUAAUUUUUAAAGAGAUUGGGAAGAUGGAUCAUGUAGCUAAACUUGCAAAGCGUGCAUCCAAGAUCACUGUGUUCAUCUAUAACCAUGUGGCUUUGCAAGCUUGGUUGAGGACUAGAAAAAAUUGGACGGAAAUUGUGCGUCCAGGGCCAACUAGGUUUGCUACUACUUUCAUUGCCUUAGGGAGUCUUAAGGAACAUAAGCAUGACUUACAAGCAUUGGUGACUAGCAAAUUUUAUGUUGAAUCAAAAUAUGCAAAAGAUAAGAAAGCUAAGGCAGUGGUGAAAAUCAUUCUUGAUAAUCAAUUUUGGAAUGAUUGUCAUGUAAUUGUGCAUAUUAUGUCACCAUUGAUUCGUUUAUUACGCAUUGUUGAUUCUGAUGAAAAACCAGCUAUGGGUUAUGUAUAUGAUGGCAUGUAUAGAGUAAUUGAUGGAAUUAAAAAAAAUUUCAAGGACAAGAAGAGACUAUGGGAGCCUUAUGUUAAUAUUAUUAAGGAUCGUUGGGAUAAUCAAUUCUAUAGAGAUAUUCAUGCUGCUGCUUAUUGGUUGAAUCCUGCAUUCCAAUAUGACACUUCCACUCUUAAUAAGAGGCUAGAGACACAAUCUGCUGUGACAGAUGUUAUUGAAUCAAAAGUUUCAGUUGGUCGGUUGAAGUUGGUGGAGGAAUUAAGGCUAUUUCGAGAGCGUGAACAAACUUUUGGAAGCCAACUUGCUCAAGAAUCAGCCAAGACAUCUCAGCCGGAUGAGUGGUGGAAGUUGUUUGGAUCUUGUGCUCCAACCUUACAAAAGUUUGCAAUUCGGAUCCUUAGCCAAACAGCUGCCUCUUCGGGAUGUGAGCGGAAUUGGAGUGCUUUUGAACAAAUACAUACCAAAAGAAGAAAUAGAUUGGAGCAUCAACGACUUAAUGAUCUUGUAUUUGUUCAUUAUAACUACCGAUUGAAAGAAAGAGUCAAAAGGAAGAAGUUCAAUUUUGAUCCUAUUGACUAUGCAAGUAUCGAUAAAACUGAAUUUUGGGUAGUGGAAGAUGAGGAACCUCCAUUUCUUGAUCAUGAGGAGAUAGAAAAUGCAUUAUAUGAAGAGGGAGCCUAUCCAAUUGAAGAAGGGUCUUCUAGCCAUGUACAAAGAGAUAUGGACAAUGAAGUGAUUGAGGAUGACGAUGAUGACAUUAAUUUGGAAUCAUUUGGUGAUGAAGAUGAUGCUCCUCCCGGAUUUAGAGAUAAAAAUCAUCCUAUUCAUGUUGAAGAUGAAGAAGAGGAUGAUGAUGAUGAUGCUAGUGGUGGAGCAUUUGGUUCACAUGAUGAUAUUGAUUUCAAUUUUCUUCAUAACGAAUGAAGCUUGGGUCUUAAAAGUUAAAACUUAGUAGUUUUUUUGAAACUUUAUAACUUAUUUGCUAUUUAGAUGUAAUGAACUUAUUUGUUAUUUGUUAUUUGUCAUUUGGAUGUAAAUGUAAUGACUAAUGAACUUAUUAUUGUGGUAUGUGUAUUUUUUUAUUAGAAGACAAAACUAUAGAUGAGUUGAGUUUGUUUGGAUGUCCUACAUUUUUUGUGUUUGGGGUUGGAUGGUAACUUGGGUGGAUUUGAAGCAAAGCAGGGAGAAUGAUAAGCCAAGCUACCAUUUUGUAUAAAUUGUUGAGUUUGUUGAAUAGAAUAUGAAUGUGUAUCUAUUGAAUAGAAUAGAAUAUGAAUGAUAAGCCAAGUCACCAUUUUGUACAAAUUGUUAACUGUUUUUCCCUGUAAUUGCCUAAUUGGAGGAGGAUUUUUUGAUGGGCUUUCAAUGACUUGUUUUUAGUAUAUUAAAAAAUUAUGUUUUUAGUAUAUUAAAAAAUUAUU